CCGCUUCCUUCCAAUUCUCCGCGGUGACUGCCACCCCCGGCCUCACUUGUCGCACGUUCUAGGGGAUUGCAGGCUUUGAAAAACUCUCUUUUUGCCAGGGACUAUGAAGAUGACUUUUGGUUCUUGGUUACGAAAGCGUCCUAGGUUGCUUUGGGACUUCUCCGCUUCGAACUCCCCUGGCUAGUAACACCUCCUGGUCUUCCACUCUUGGUGAAUUCACUAAUCUGUGUUAAUUAUUCGUGCCUUCCUCCUUCAACCUCUCUACCUGACCUUAACACUACGCCUUGACUUUCAUCACCACUUUUUCCUACCUUACCAACCUUCCAUUACCAGCUACUAUUCCGCCUCUCACUACACAACUCCGUCAACACAAGCAAGCGCAACGUACUCACGAUGACGACGUCUGCCUCCUCUACUCCAAGAGCCAAACGCGUCGAAUUCGCCGAACCUCUCACCUCCUCUCCCCACCGAUCCUACACCAACGCGACCACCAGCAAUAAUGUGACCGAAACGACCCCCCACACUGACGCGAAGGACAGUGCAAUAGUCAAGGACAUGGCCUAUUGUGCGUCUGGCCUUCUCUACGCUCUUCACGAAAAGACCGUGGAUGAAAUCCUUUCCGAUGAAGCCAGCCAACAUUCCUCGCGGUUCGACGACUACAGUCAAAUUCCCGAUCACAAUCAUACCCCGGGCUACAGUCGUAGCCCCGACUGGUCGCAUGGGACGCAGCGACAGUCGCCGACAACGCGGCAGCUUAGCUCACGAAACUGGGCGCUGGGCAAGCGAAUCAUACCUUAUCACGGGCCAGACUCUGAUUCGGGAGAUGACUACACGUCCGAGUCAGGAUCUGCGGUGAGCUCUGAACUUGGGUUCGAGUCUGUAGCACAAUCUCGACCUGAAUCGAAAUCUAAAUCAAGUGCGGAGCCCGCCAUGUUGCCCCCUGAUAGUCCCGAGCAGCACUACCUGCACGCCGAUAUUGAAUCCAUAGACCUCCUCAAGUCACCUUCACCGUCACUUUCACCGGAGCCCGGAUCCUACUCUACUGCGCGCGAGCACAUGGGGAGCCAAGAUGCGUAUGACGAUACUAGCGAGUUCGAAUUCGACUCUGAGUGGGAGGAAGAUUACGACCAGUUUCCAUCCGUGAGCCGGCCGCAGGUGAGAGAGCUUGGUUUCGCACUGUGUACGAGCGACUUCAUGCGCAAAGGCAUUUAUCCAGUGAAGAGAUCGGAGAAACGCGCAUUCGUCGAUUAUGCCUCGCAGAAGGCGGUGGAAAUCGGGAUGACGGAGGAUGAAUUUGAACGGAUGAUGAGGGCUUUAAGAGGGGUCUACCUGCUUCAGUGGGGUGAGAACAAGGGUAAUGACUCAAAGGUGGACCCGGAAUCAGGAUCCAAGCCAGACUCUGAUCGUGGACCAGAGAGGGGUUUGGUCAGCCCAAAGGACCCAUCAGCUGUGACGAGCGAGAACCAGCAAGCGGCAUCGGGACGUAAGUCCGUUGAGUCACUCCCAGAUGCCAAUCUCGCAGAUGACCAGGGAGAGGACGUGAUUGCUGGGACCAAACAGGACGAAUCUAUACCAAAAGACAUGGAAGCGUCAGUGUCUGAAUCACUUCAGAGGUUGGACUUUGCGUCAGCAGAUGAGUCAGGGAAAGGCUCUGCGACGUCGCUUGAUAAAGCAGGCCCCGCAUCGCCCAAUGGGAAGAUUAUGGCAACACCAAUUGAUGUUGACCUAGCAAUAGCAUCCCCGACCACAAGCAAGUCUCACAAAGUGGGCACCGAACAGAUCGACCAGAAAGGACCGCCGAGCGGUAAGGGCCUUGAAGAAAAAUCAACAAAGAAGUUGAAGAUGUCUGUCGAUGACUCAUCUAAUGGUGGAAAGAAACGGAAGCAAGGCGAGAGCCCUCUGCUUUCCGAGGACCAGCCAGGCAAUGCAAGUCAUUUCGAGAAGUCUAAGAGAAGGAAGAAGACACGCUCCUCGUCUGAAGGUCAUACCUCUUCGGAUCGAGCUUCAACGUCAUCCGUGCAGCUGAACAGAGGUGUGCAACCUCAGAAGAAGCAGUCGGAGAAGGCGGCAAAGGAGAAGGCAACGAGCUCAGGAAAGACAAAAUCUCUGCAGAGCAAGCAGGCCUACAAACUUGCAGAUGAUGGCAUCGAAUGUGUCGGACAGUUGACCGCCGAGCCAAAGCAAAAUCCCAGAAUGGCUGAUGCGACCGAACAGCUCAGGCAAACCAUCAUUUCUGCCAACUCGAUGCAAUCGAAGAAGGCCAGCGAGAGUGUCAUACCCCAGAAGUCUACAACUCAGCAGGCCAUUCAGAUUGCCAGAUCCUCGAACUCGAACCAGUCCAGCGGCACCCACAGGGCCGGAGGUUCAAAAGUCACUGCACGACCUGCGCAAGCAAGGGACUCUGAGAAAAGCGGCAACACUAAGAAGGUGGGCUCAGCAAAGGGACAUUCGAACAACCAUGAUAUCGCCGAGCUUAUCGAUUUGACGAGGCCCGAGCAAG